AUGGUCGCUCCUGCAAUUCGGGUUGCCCCAUCGGCUGCAAACCGCGCGCUGAAUCUACUGCGCACGGUGCAGUACACCCACCCACCUAACUGCCCCUGCCACUCCAAUCCCAAUCAUCACCACCAUCAUAAGACUCCGUCGAUGAUGAACAAUGUCCGGCGUCACCUAGCAACUCCUGUGGAUCCCUCACGCCAGAAAGAAUAUGCCUUUGAAAUGGCGGCUUCGAGUAUCCGGUUCGGACCCGGCUCCACCAAGGAGGUCGGCAUGGAUUUCACAAAUAUGGGCGCCAAGCGGGUUUGCAUUGUGACUGAUUCCAAUGUGGCCAAACUUGAUGCCAUGAAGCAAGCUGUUGAGGGAUUGACGCGGGAGGGUAUCCAAUUUACUAUCUUUGACAAGGUCCGGACGGAGCCGAAGGACAGCUCUAUCAGAGAGGCAAUUGCAUUUGCGAAGCCGUAUAAGCCCGAUGCCUUCCUUGCUGUCGGUGGUGGAUCCGUCAUUGACACCGCUAAACUCAUGAAUCUAUAUACUGUUUUCCCCGAGGCCGACUUCAUGGACUUCGUCAACGCCCCACUGGGCAAGGGACUCCCAGUCACCAAGCCGCUACUCCCUCUCGUAGCCGUGCCCACCACCGCGGGCACAGGCUCCGAGACAACCGGCACAGCCAUCUUCGACCUGGUUGAGAAGAAAGCUAAGACGGGUAUUGCGCACCGCGCUCUCAAGCCCACACUGGGAAUCUGUGACCCUCUCAACACUCGCACAAUGCCCUCGGCCGUCCACGCCGCAUCUGGUCUCGACGUGCUCUGUCACUCACUUGAGUCAUGGACCGCAAUUCCAUACAAUGAGCGUACCCCACGCCCCACAAACCCUAUCAACCGUCCCGCCUACCAAGGUGCCAACCCUAUCUCCGAUAUCUUCUCCCUGGAAGCUUUGCGCAACACAGUGAAGUACCUCCCACGCGCUGUGCGUGAUCCUGAUGAUCAUGAGGCACAGUCGCAGAUGCUUCUCGCAGCGACCCUUGCCGGUGUUGGAUUCGGUAACGCAGGUGUCCACUUGUGCCACGGCAUGAGUUAUCCUAUCUCUAGCCAGAACCCUGGCUACAAACACAGUGGCUACCAAGUAGAUCACCCCAUUAUUCCGCACGGUGUGUCCGUCGCGGUCACAGCACCUGCUGUUUUCAAGUUCACGGCUGCGUCCAAUCCGGACCGCCACUUGGCUGCUGCUGAGGCCUUUGGCAUAGAUAUCUCAAAUGUGAAGCGCGAGAGCGCGGGUGAGGUGCUUGGUAAUGCGAUUGCUGAGUUCUUGGCCAAGCUGGGAGACCAGCCGCGUGGCUUGAAGGAUUUGGGAUUCAAGUCUUCGGAUAUCGAAGGUUUGGUUGAGGGAACUAUCCCCCAACAGCGAGUCCUGAUGCUGGCGCCGAAUCUGAGCGGAGAGCUCGAGGCUGAGAGGGGCGAGCUGAGGCGUCUUCUGGAGGAGUCUUUGGACUACUAG